AUGGGCAAGCGGCGGCGGAUAGCCGGCGGGUGGCUAGAAGGCGGCGGCAAACGGCUGGCAAGCGGUGGUGAUGGAUGGCCGGCGGGCGGCGACGAAUGGCUGGCAAGCGGCGGCGGCGGACGGUGGGUGGUCGGCGGGUGGCCGAUGGAGCUGUCUUUGGACUUUGAAACGAAACCAGUUAAACAAUCGCCAUCAUCACGGGUUGCCAUUGCGUUGUCCGAAGUGAGUAAAGAACGCAUAAGAGAAAUGUUUAACAAGGUCGAACUCUCCGUCUCUGCGUAUGACACUGCUUGGGUGGCUAGGGUCCCUUCGCUUGGUUUUCCAGAGAGCCCCCGUUUUCCAAGGUCCUUGAGUUGGCUACUGAACAAUCAAUUACGCGACGGUUCUUGGGGUCUCUUGGACCGUCAUCCGUUGUUGAUCAAGGACGCUUUGUUGUCGACCUUAGCAUGUGUUCUUGCACUUAAGCAAUGGGGUGUUGGCGAAAGGCAGAUCAACCGUGGCCUUGAGUACGUCGCUUCGAAUUCUGCUUCUAUCACCGAUGAAAGGCAACACACACAGACCGGAUUCGAUAUCUUGUUCUCUGGUAUGAUCGAGCAGGCUGGUCGCCUAAAUUUGAACCUUCCCCUGAGACCUGCAGAUGUGGAUUCCGUGUAUUACAGGAGAGAUUUGCAAUGGAAGAGAGGCUUAUCAGGGGGAAGCGGAAUCUUCUUGUCUUAUGUUUCGGAAGGAAUGGGGAGUCUAGCGGACUGGGAAAUGAUUAUGAAGCAUCAACGGAAAAACGGGUCCCUGUUCAAUUCGCCGUCGACCACAGCUGCUGCUCUAGCUCACCUUCAAAACAGCGGUUGCCUUCGCUACCUCGAAUCUGUACUAGAGAAAUUCGGCGAUGCAGUCCCAACGGUCUACCCUUUGGACAAAUAUGCUCGUCUAUGCAUGGUCGAUAAUUUGAAAAGAUUAGGCAUCCAUCAUCAUUUUAGAGAGGAAAUAGAUCACGUAUUGGACGACACGUACAGAUGCUGGCUGCAGGGGGAAGAAGAGAUAUUUCUGCACAUCGCCACCUCAGCAAUGGGAUUUCGGAUACUGCGAUCCCAUGGAUACGAUGUCUCUUCAGAUGCAUUAACUCAAUUUGCUGAAGAGGAUCAGUUCUGCAAUACACUUGAAGGAUGUGUGAAGGAUGCUGGCUCUGUCUUGGAGUUGUACAGGGCUUCAGAGCUGAUCAUUAAUGAUAAUGAGAUUAUACUGGAAAAGAUAAACUCUUGGACCAGUGAUUUUCUUAGAAAGGGAUUACUCGCUGGUGAAAUGCAUGCUGAUAGACUCGAGGAUGAUAUGCGUCGAGAGGUGGAUGAUGCUCUCAGAGUUCCUCCUGAAGCAAACAUGACAAGGGUAGCAAACAAGAGAAAUAUAGAGCUCUACAACACGGACCCUACGAGGAUUCUAAAAUGCGGACUCCGUUCCAAUAACUUCCACAACAAAGAUUUUCUGAAUCUGGCAGUGGACGAAUUCAAUAUGUGUCAAGCAAUAUGCCAAGAAGAAUUCAAGUAUAUGAAAAGAUGGAUUAAAGAGAAAAAGUUGGACAAGCUGAAAUUUGCCCAAUAUAAGUGGGCAUAUUGUUACUUCUCUUCUGCAGCAACCAUGUUGCCCCCUCAACUAUCAGAUGCACGCCUUUGCUGGGCCAAACAUGCUCUGCUCACGGCGGUGGUCGAUGACUUUUUUGAUUUUGUUGGUUCCGCAGAGGAGCUAGAAAAUCUAGUACAGUUGUUUAAAAAGUGGGACGUGGACGCGAGUGCCAACUGCCAUUCCGUGGAAGUUCAAAUCAUAUUUUCAGCACUUCACUCCACUAUUUCGGAGACCGGCUACAAAGCGGUUGCAUGGCAAGGAAGAGACGUGACGGGUCAUGUGUUUCAGAUAUGGUUAGAUUUGCUUGAGUCGAUGUGGACCGAGGCAAAGUGGAGAAGAACCAAGGCAGUGCCAACUAUGGAUGAGUACAUGGCCAACGCAUUCGUAUCAUUUGCUUUGGGGCCUAUCAUUCUCCCGGCACUCUACUUUGUUGGACCGAAACUUUCAGAGAAGCAGGUCGAAAGCCUUGAGUUCCACGAUUUGUUCAGUGCAUUAUGUACUUGUGGGCGUCUUAUGAACGACGCACGGGGUGCCAAGAGGGAAUCCGAGGAAGGGAAGCUGACCGCUGUGACGGUGCAGAUGCUUGACGGGAGCGACACCAGUCAAGAAGAGGUCAUCGAGAGGCUCAACCAGAUGGCAGCUGGUGAGAGGAGAAAACUCUUAAAGUUGGUACUGCAAGAGAAGGAGAGCAUAAUUCCAAGAGCUUGCAAGGACUUGUUUUGGAAUUUGAGCACCGUGUUCCAUUUCUUCUACCGGGUGGACGAUGGUUUCGGUUCGCCUGAAGAUGUCGGCAUUGUUAAAGCUUUCCUUGAUGAACAGAUCAUCCUCGAUCCACUGUGA